CAGGGGAGAGCCGGGGAGCGGGGGGUGUGAGGGUGCUCAGGGGCAGGAGAGACCUCCCAAGAGUUCGGGCUGGGGCGGUGUCUCCCCAAGGAAGACCCUCAGGCUGCAGGGGGGUGCUCAAGAGCAGGGGACCCCCGAGUUUGUAGGGCAGCGGGGACCCCAGGAGCGGGGGAGACCCUGGGGAGUGGGGGGCUGUGAGGAGGCGCUCAGGGGCAGGAGAGAGGUCUUCAGGAAUUCGGGUCCGGGGGUUGCCCAGGAUCAGGGGACCCCUAAGUGUGUGGGGAUCAGCAGGAUCACCAGGAGCAGGGGAGCCUCCCAGGCGUGCCGGGAGUGGGGUCUGGGGGCGUUUCCCAGGAGCAGGGGGUCCCCAGGGGUGGGGGUUUGCAUGGGGUGAAGGGUUCACAGGGGCCGGGAGAGAGGAGGAGCUGCAGGGGGUCAGGGCUUGAGUAACUCGGGGUCUCCCGAAUCCAGCGAGGGCCCCCGGCUCCCCCUGCCCACGUGUGAGCCGGGAUGAGCUCCCCUGGCAGGGCCGACAGCGCCUUCCCCCUGCACGUCCUGGUCUGGAAUAACGACUACAGGCGGCUGGAGCAGGAGCUGCAGGACAAGGAUGUUGACCAGCGGGAUCCGCGGGGCCGGACCUUGUUGCACUUGGCUGUUUCCCUGGGUUACAUAGAGUCUGCCCGAGUCCUCCUGCAGCACAAGGCAGAUGUGACCAAGGAGAAUGCACAGGGAUGGACAGUUUUGCAUGAGGCUGUCAGCACAGGGGAUCCAGAGAUGGUCCAGAUGAUCCUGCAGCAUCGAGACUACCAGCAGGCCUUCAUGACCCUUGGAGGAGUUCCUGAGUUACUCCAGAAAAUUAAUGAGACUCCUGACUUUUAUGUGGAAAUGAAAUGGGAGUUCACUAGCUGGGUGCCCCUGCUCUCCAGGGUGUGCCCGAGCGACGUGUGCCGGAUCUGGAAAAGCGGGGCCAAGCUGCGCGUGGACAUGACCUUGCUGGGCUUCGAGAACAUGACCUGGGAGAGGGGCAGGAGGAGUGUCAUCUUCAAGGGAGGGGGUAAAUACUUCAGCCUCUCCGGUCCCCAGGCACUGUACACAGGGGGCUGGGCAGAGGUCAUUGUGAUCAACCAUGACGAGAAGUAUGUUAUGACAGAGAAGUUUGAGAUUUCCCAGCACAUGAAGCGUUUGAUUUUGGGAUCGAUGACACCAAACAGAAAAGGUGUGGAAAGGCGCCUCACAUCUCCAAUUAUUAGCACGUGCCUUGAUACCAAAAACAUUGCUUUUGAGAGAACCACAUCUGGAUUCUGGGUCUGGAAGACAGAAAAAGCAGAAGGUGUCAGUGGUUAUGAAGCCAAGGUCUACAUGGCAAACAACGUGAACGUGGUCACACGAAUCCGCACGGAACAUUUAACAGAGGAGGAGAAGAGGAGAUAUAAAGCUGAAGCUGAGAGGAACCUCUUGGACUCAUUCCUGGGGACAGUGGAGCAUGAAUAUGGUGCUCAGAGUACGACCAAGACAACAGAGUGUGCUGCAACUAACAAUCCCACUGCUAUUACUCUGGAGGAAUACUUUGACCCAGAAUUUGAUUUGAAAGGCAGAGACAUAGGAAGACCAAAGGAAGUCACCAUUCGAACACAGAAAUUUAAAGCAACCUUGUGGAUGAGUGAGAAGUUCCCUUUGUCUCUUACGGAACAAGUCACCCCAAUCAUCGACCUGAUGGCCAGAACUAGUGCUCAUUUUGCCAGACUUAGGGAUUUCAUCACUCUGGACUUUCCACCCGGAUUUCCUGUCAAAAUUGAAAUUCCCCUGUUUCACGUGCUGAAUGCCCGAAUUACGUUUGCAAAUGUCAACAGCUGCAGGACAGCUGAGAAAAGCUCCUCACAGAUGGCUGGAGGUGCACAGUGUGAAGCAGGUGCUGGUUUUGAGGUGGACCAGUCGGUGUUUGAGAUCCCAGAGUCCUACCACGUCCAGGACGAUGGCAGGAACAUACACGUGCCGGAUGAAGAUUAUGAGAUCAUGCAGUUUGCCAUCCAGCAGAGUUUGUUGGAAUCUGGAGGAAGUAAAGAAUUGGGGGCAGAUUCCAAUGGAGCAGUUGCAUAUUCCCAGGACUUCGAUAUACAGUAUCAGAGGGCACUGCAGGAGAGCCUUAUGACAAGCUCGGGGAGCUCCCACUGCAGCAGCCCCAGUGAACCUUCCAGCUUUGAGAAGGACUUGCAGCUUGCCAUGGAAUUGUCUGUCCGGGAGCAGGAGGAGCAGGAGAAGCAGCGUCAGGAAAAGGAAGAUGCAGAGCUUCAGCAAGUGCUACAGCUUUCUCUUGUGGAAAAAUAACUCCUCAGCGACCUCCUGAAGUAAGGAUGACCAAAUCUGUGUAAAACUGAAGGUUUUCGGGGCUGUCAGUCUAAAGACCACUCCUGGAUUGCUUAAGGAAACAUUUCACCUGCCUUUUAAGUUGGCAUCAGCAGCUACAAAAAGCUGACUUACUUUUGUUUGAGGGAUUUUCAGAUCACAGGACUCUGCAUUUGGCUCCUCAACCAUGCAGUCUUAGCUUUGAAGGAAAUGCUUUUAUCUAAACUUAUUUAUUGAAGAGCAGAUGGAAGUUUUGCUUUAGCAUCAGGAUAUAGGAUUGCAGUAAAGCUUGAAAACCUGAUUUUUGGGGAGUUCAGGAGGGAAAAUUCAUUACUUACCAAAGAAACACUCAUCUGCUUCAUUAUUUCUCAGUAAUUCAAAGCCAUUGCCUGUGUCUUCCAGCUGUUACAGAGAGCAUCUCCCUGCCUACACACACACGGUAGUUCUUCAUGCUGACAGAUGUUUUCUGUUAGUUUUGUUUAUAUAUGUGGUUCUCUCUCCUCUAGUUACUGGGAUUUGGGCACAUGCUCCUGCUUAAGAGGGAUAAUUUUAUACUUGAACAGCUCCAGAUUAAACUAGUGCUUUCUGAAAAAGGACAAAACAAGUAGCCAGUAAAAUUUUAGAUCCUCAAAUGGGACCAUCUGCCCAGUAAAGCAGCAGUUCCUGCAGUGAUUCCAAACCAGCUCGUUCCCGUGGUCAGAGGGCAGCAAGAAAAUAUGGGAUAGGUACAGGUGCUUCUUUGGGAUCACUUGGUGUGUGCCUGAGUGUGGGAGCUAAAUGCAACCAGGAAAAGAAUCCAGGUGAGAUUUUAUUGUAUCCUUAUGGGAAGAGAAGUUUUAAUUCUGUCAUCUGGAAGGGAAAUGUGUGUUGCUUUUUAAAACCCCAGCGCUCAUCCUUCAUGUGAAUACAUCUAUUUUUUUAUCUGAAUAUUUUUAUUGAUUUUAAACCAAGCCACUAGGCCUACACUCCUAAAACUGGUCUUGUAACGAUUCCCAGGUCAGUUUUAACCAGCUUUCCUCAGGUUUUUGGCCAUACAGGAUGUUUGUAGCUCUUUUAUCUGCACUUCUGUCAGUGUUUACAGUACUCACACUGUGACUCUCAAGUGCACUCCACAAGUACACGAUGAACAGCCACAGGAAAGCCUUACAGUUGUUAAUGUGAGCAAUAUUCCUCCACUCUGGCUGGCAGGAGUGGAGGAACCUAUGGUACCCCUGCUCUGAGCUUGCUCCUAACCCUGCUCCUGUUCCUCAGGCUAAACAGGGCAGUUCUGGGUGACCAGCUAUUAAUUAACCAGUAUAAAAUCACUAUAAAAUGGACUUGAUCAUAACCAGUGGGAUAGUUGGUAACUUGGAACCCUAUUUUAAACCAAUAAUCCAUUGUUUUACAUAGGAAAUUAUUAAAAUUCCUUCAGUGUGCACUAGGACUGGCCUCUCCACACUGGUGGUGUCCUCUGGUACAGCUUCAUUCCCUAAAAACAGCUUCCUGGGUGCUGCAGGAGUGGGGACUGUCCUGCACAGAAGCAGUGGGCUGGGUUGGAAUUGCACCUUUCUUUGAAAAGGGGAUUACUGUGACUCUCACAGUUGGGAAAAAGGGAAUAAUCCUUGUGUUGAGCUCUUGACAAGGUUGGAGGUAGGAGAUGAAACCCUGGGAGUUUCCUCCAGUGGGAAUUAAAGAGUGCUGUUGCCUUUACACACCCAGCUGUCUGGCAGUGCCUGUCUUCUGUUAAGCAUUUCACAGGUUACAGGAGGGGUAAAAAUAAUCAUUUUUCAAGCUGACUUGUUCUGGGUUUGUAUUUAAACUAAAGAACAUUGAGCACUUUCAGUUGAAGUUUUGUUAUGCUACUGCUUCUUAGUCCGUGACUGUAAAAUAAAUGGGAUUUGCUUUUGGGUUUUUUGCUUUCUAUCACAUUUGUAUCAUUCCAGCUAAACUAGAAUGCCCUGCUUCCCUCACCCAGGUGCUGCUUUUCUUAAAGCCUGACUUUCAACCCAUACAGUGUAAGAUGGAUCCUCUGUGUGUGUUGGAAAUAAAACCAAAAGUACAGCACAUGUUACACCACACACAAGGAUUUUUUCAAAUGUGGUAUCUGGAGUCUGUUUUAAUAAGUAUUUUGUGGCAUUUUUGUACAUUAAAGUGACAUUAUCAUCUA